AUGGCGCCUUCUCUUUCUCGCUUCCUGCUUCUGCUGGCCCCACAGUUGCUCGCCGCAGUCGCCUUGCCCCGUCAAGCCCAUCACUUCCAAAUCAGGGCCGAGGACACCUAUGCGGGCAAAGCCGAUGCAGUCAAGGAUGCUUUCAACUUUGCCUGGAAUGGUUACUACACGUAUGCGUUCCCGCAUGAUGAGCUCCAUCCCGUCUCCAAUGGCUUCGGGGAUAGCAGAAACGGCUGGGGUGCGAGCGCUGUCGAUGCCCUCAGCACCGCGCUGAUCAUGAAGGACAAGGAGGUGGUGGAUCAAAUCCUCGCUUUUAUCCCCACCAUUGACUUCACCACCACCUCAGACGUGGUCAGCCUGUUUGAAACCACCAUCCGCUACCUCGGCGGCAUGCUCUCUGCCUACGAUUUGUUGACCGGGCCUCUUUCAGACCUUGCGAGCGAUACUUCCCAAGUCGUCGCUCUGCUCGCCCAGUCCAAGACGCUAGCCGACACGCUCAAAUACGCCUUCGACACGCAGUCGGGCGUUCCAUAUAACAACCUCUGGCUCGACGACAUGAGCAACGACGGCGCGCAGACGAAUGGCCUCGCAACCGUGGGCACGCUUGUGCUCGAAUGGACGCGCUUGUCCGACCUCUUGGGCGACGACGAAUACGCCCAGCUGGCCCAAAAGGCUGAAUCGUACUUGCUGAACCCGCAGCCUGCGUACAACGAGCCGUGGCCUGGUCUCGUUGGAACCAACAUUGCCAUCGAUGAUGGCAGUUUUACGGAUGCCUCGGGCGGCUGGAACGGCGGCGAUGACUCUUUCUACGAGUACCUCAUCAAAAUGUACAUGUACGACCCGGAGCGCUUUGGUGAAUACAAGGACCGCUGGAUCCUUGCCGUAGACUCGUCCAUCGAGCACCUCGCCUCGCACCCCUCGUCGCGGCCGGACCUCACCUACCUCGCCGCUUUCGACGGCCAAUCCACGGUGAACCUCUCGCAGCACCUCACCUGCUUCGAUGGCGGCAACUUCAUCCUUGGCGGCAACGUGCUCGGCCGCCAAGACUACAUCGACUUCGGCCUCGAACUCGUCGCCGGCUGCCGCAACACGUACACGUCAACCGCCACGGGCAUCGGCCCCGAAACCUUCUCGUGGAAUGAGUCCAAUGUGCCGGAUGAUCAGCUGUCUUUCUACAACGAACACGGCUUCUGGAUCGUGACGUCCUCGUACGACCUCCGCCCCGAGGUGCUCGAGAGCUAUUACUACGCCUUCCGCCAGACGCGGGACCCGCGCUACCGCGAAUGGGCGUGGGAGGCGAUUGUCAACAUCAACGCGACGGCGAGGCGCGGCAGCGGCUUCUCGGCCGUGGAGGACGUCAACGUGGCUGGUGGCGGGACGGCCAACGACAAUCAGGAGAGCUUCUUGUUCGCCGAGGUCAUGAAGUAUGCGUACAUGAUUUUUGCGGACGAGGCCGAGUGGCAAGUCUUUGGCGGUCCUGGGGGGAAGAACCAGUGGGUUUUCAAUACCGAGGCGCAUCCGAUGAAGGUUGCCGGGCAGCUGGUAGUGCGUACGAAAUAUGAUUUGCCAGAUACUUGUGUGUGUGUGUAUGUAAUGACGCGUGAGAGGGGGACGUUAUCCACCAGCCCAUCAGCGGUGAUUCAGGGGACUCCUUCAACAUCAACACCACCCAGUGCCGGAUCCGGCUCACCCGAGGGUCAAGCGUCGAGUGAUGCACAACCCAGCUACGCCACACCCUCAGCUGUGCCCGAUGAUCUGUAG